ACUUGUUUAUUUAUUUGACGUUUGCACUGAAUUUCUGUCAGUCAAAAGCAAUAUUUUUCAGAGUGAACAUUAAGGAGAAAGGAUACGAAAUUUUCAUAAUUUCUAUAUUUUUCUGAUAAAAAUGGAAAAUUUUGGCAGUGAAAUCGGUCAAAAAAUGCGGAGUGCCGUAAAGGCCAAACUCGUAGAGUUAGGCACUGGUGGCACUGCCGGCUAUAUAGACGAUGAGCUGCCGGAUUAUGUGAUGAUAAUGGUAGCAAACAAGCGUUCCAAACAACAGAUGAUCGCCGACCUGAAUCUGUUUCUUGGCUCACAAACUGAACUUUUCGUAACAUGGCUACAUGAAGUGCUACAAAAAUUGCAAGAAGUGACAUUACCCGCAGCUAUUGCGACAAAGAAACGCAAGGCAGAUCCAAAACAAGAUGUGUCAAACAAAAAGGAACGUAAAAGUAAUAAAAAAGAUAGAAAAAAUUCAACUUCUAAAAAAACAUCUGAAGAGGUGCAGAGCACCGCUGUAAAUACAACUGAAAAAUCGGAAACAUCAAGCACACCAACUGUGCCACCCAUUAACUCCAUAACCGAUGUAUUUGCGGAUGUGUUUUUGGAAAAAGCUAAGAAAAAUUUAACUACAACGGCUGAAGCGGCAGCGCACAUAAAAAAGGCUAAAGGUAGCAACAAAACAGCAAGUAGUGAAACAACUAAAAAUGCUACUACAAAAUUGUCUGGCGAGAACUCGAAUAUAGCACCAAAUACCACAGCUAGCAAAGAUCAACGUUAUAAUGGUGAUGUUAGUGAUUGUGUUACUACUAAUAGUAAGAAAGUCACAACAACUGCACCAAUUAUUAGUGGCAAUCGCGAAAAAGACUUGGCUGAGUUAGCCGAAAUACAAAAGAAAAUCUACGCAGCCAAAAAGCACUUACGCCAAUUGGGCGAAUUGGAUGACAACAGUGAUGAUGAAGAUUUCAUAAAUUUGAAAGAGGACGGCACCGAAGAGGAAGUUGAAAACCUUAGUCCAAAAGCAGUAGAAAAGCUCCCACAAACACCAACUGAACAACGAACUAAUAAGAGGCGUAGUCCAAUCAUUUUUGAUGCUGGUGAAAAGAAGAGCGAUGAAACGAAAUCUAUUGAAAAUGAGACCUCGGAUAGAUCUGCUCAUUUUACACCACCGCCACCACCAAUGAACUUUGUGGCCACCAGUGAACCACAAUUUACUAAUAGUCUACGAAGUAGUCAACCAUUGCAACAAAAGCAACAUAGUCAGGAGCGUGAAAAGUCACGAAAUCGCGAACACGAACGUGAUAGACACGAAACGCCCGCAGAGGUGCUUAAGAAACCAGUGCAUGAACGUUUGGGCAUACGUCCGCCGGCAGUGCGUGAUGCACAACAACAACAACAACAACCGCGACGCACCCGUGAGGAUAAACAACUAUUUGUGCCCUCGUUCCGGCGAAAAGACAAUGACAGUGAACGCGAUAGGGAUCGCGACCGCGAAAAAGAACGUGAACGCGAAAGAGACCAUGAUAGAAAUAAGGAACGCGACCGUGAGCGGGAGCGUGAAAAAGAAAGGGAACGUGAACGCCAACGCGAACGUGAGCACGAGCGGGAACGUGAAAGAAAUCGAGUUCCUGCACGACUGCGUGGUAGAAGUGAAGACCGACGUAAAGAUCGUGAUUUGGAACGUGAACGUGAGCGUCCAAGAGAACGUGGUCGAGAGCGUAGUCGUGAUCCAAUUGAAAAUAGGCGUAAAGGUAGUGUGCCACGCAUGCGACGCUCAUUAUCGCCAAUAUUACGCCGCACCACAACCAAUAACGAACAGCGUACACUGCCUAACAUAACGGUAUCGGCAAUAGUGAAACCAAAUUAUACCAACAAGAGUGUCUCUGAAAAGCAGCUUGAUGAGAAAACAAACUCAUCGGCAAGUGAAACAUCUACAGACAGUGGUGAUAGUAGUGAUGAAGAGUCUAAAACCACACACUCGCCACAAACACAGCGACAGCGUAUUGGUUCACGUGUCAUUGUAGCGCCCGUGAAACAAGUGGAAUCCUCCGAAGAUGAGGAUAAAUCUUUGAAUUCGAUCAUCAAAAUUAAACCACGUGCACCGGUAUCACCCAGCAAGCAGGCUUGCAAGACAUUGUUGCUGCGCGCUGUCGCCGAAGCACAACGCUCGACCGUCGUAAAGGCCCGACACAAAGAGGAAAAGGCAGUGCCGAGCAAAGUUAGCAACAUCAUGAAAGAUCCAACAGACGAGCGCAAAUUAUAUACCAAAGCCUAUCGUGAGCGCUUGAAACGCGGCGCCAAAGUCACUUCCACAUCGGCAACAAGCUCGAAUUUGUUCAGACGCGCAACGCAGAAUCUCGUAAUCAAAGUGGAAAGCGAUAUGCCGUUACAAAAGCGGAGACGCGCGCAAAUCGAUGUGGAGGAGUUGGAUGCUGAGGAGCAAGCGCAUAGUGAUGUGGAGGAUGUUGAAGAGGCUGAAGAGGAGUUGGAGGAGAAGUACGUGCCAGGCACGGUGUUCCAACGCGUAGACUCCAACAUCAAUUAUAUGUAUGUGCCGCAAAUGAUACGCAUAAAGAAUGAGGAGCAGGAAAGCACCGAGAGUGAAGACUCCGAUGAGGCUGACGAGGAUGAAACUGCUAAUGCGAAGCAAAUAGCUGAUAAAGCGCCACAAAGGAAAACACAAUUUGUGGUUACGCUUAAUGACGAGAAAGCGGCUUUGAAGUUCAUGUCCCGCGCAAAGGCUGCCUUGAAGCGAGUACGUUCCGAGUCGCCAUUGCAAGAAGUCUCCUCAUCCUCCUCGGUGGCACGUUCCAAACGUGCUGAAGCAUCUUCCACUACAACAACAACCACAAAAUCAACACAAGCGCCACGCUCACGACAGGGCGCACAUGAAAAUGAGCACAGUCGUCGCGCCAGCAUAAAAUCACGCCUCUCAGCCAAAGUAAUGCCAUCAUCAACGGUAUCACGUUUUAGCGAUCACGAAUCAUCCAAUUCAUUGCCAGCAACACCGCCACUAAGACGCUCCGAUUUAGUCGAAACUUAUCGCAAGCCAAAAGAGAUCAAAAAGAUCAUUAUCAAGAAUGAUACGGACGAUGAGGAGAUGAGUCCAAAGAAGUUGUCAUCCACAAUUGUAGUGGGCAACGGCAGUCAACAACGCAAACACAAGCGCACACACAGCGUGGAGCGUUCCACCACGCCACCACCGUUGCGAAAAUCCGACUUACGCAAGGAAACACGCACGGAGUCGCGCACGCCACCCAAACGUAAACGCUCCUCCAACAGUGGCCAAUAUGAGGGCAGAGCGCGUGACAUGAAGCACAGCGAUGAAGAUGAUGAUGACAUGGACGAUGUGGAGGCGCAACCGGUGCAUAAGCGCCGUUCCAGAAGCGACGAUAGCACACGUAUGCGUGAAAGAGGGCGUGAGCGGGAACGCGAACAAGAAGGUCACAAUCGUGAGCGUGAACGCGAACGUGCAGCCUCGCGCGAUUAUUCCGUAGAGCGGCACAGCGGUGAAGAGCGACGCAAGAUCUCAACGCGCAAUGUGGAGGCGAAGAAAUACGACAACAUACCGUCGUUGAGCUCCGUCACUUUGGACUCGUCCGCGGUGCGUGUUAUGAAGACUAAGGAACGGUGCAAAUACCAUCCGAAUUGCACAAAACAAUUCUGCGACUAUUAUCACCCGACAGCACCGUGUAAAAGUUUCCCGAAUUGCAAAUUCGCCGACAAAUGUUUGUACUCGCAUCCGCAUUGCAAAUAUGAUCUCGCUUGCACGAAUCUGGACUGCAAUUAUGCGCACAGCGGUGCAAGGGAUCCGACGCAGCUGGUGCCACAGGCGCCACCUUUAUCAUCCCAUGUUGUGCCUGUGCAGAAUUACAAAUCGAUUUCAGCCACAGCAGCCGCCAACAACACCAUGUGCAAAUACUAUCCGACAUGCACGAAGGUCGGCUGCACCUUCUACCAUCCCAAGCCGUGUCGCUUUGGCAAGAAUUGCAUCAACAAAUUGGAAUGCAAUUUCUAUCAUCACGAAGUGCAGAGCAGCAACAAAUUUAAAUGGGUCGCAUCGGUUGUUUAAAAUGCGCUGCAUGCCUAUUGUCAUUUCUUCUAACACACAUACAUUUAGUGGACUCUCCCUCAUUUCUAUGAAUAUUUGUAAAUGUAAAUGUUGUGCAGCAAUGCAAACGAAUUCAUAUUUACUACUACUUUAUUUAUAAUUAUAAACGCUGCGUAGUUAUGCUCUACGCAAUUAAAAAUUAAUAAUAAUAAAACACAAACAAAUAUAUGGAAAUCCAAAUUUUAAAUUAUUAAACUAAUGAUAUUCUCGCAUAAUAAAUAUUAAAGCGGUGCACAUACACUGAAAGAAAUAAAUAUUCUCGCAUAUAAAAAGAAACGAAAAAAGUAUGCUAUAUGCAAUAAAUAUUAAUCGCAUCGAGUUUUGCAGUGAACUCUUGAAUUAGUAUGUAAAUUAAAUGUUUUUUCGAAUUUUAGGGCUUGUCAAGUAAUUAUAAAUGCAGAUAAA